AUGCCUCCUCCUAAACACCGGGAACCUCUGCCAGCUCCUACCCGCACCAACUCCCUGUCAUCUACAGCUACACCCCCCUUCUUCCUCAUUUUUCAUACAUCCCUAGCGCCCCUCGCCCAGAAUCGAACGCUGGAAACACCGGCAGCGGCUCUGGCAAACCUCACACAUUCGGACACAGCAACCAUACACGCAUGCAUGCUCGUUUACUCUCUCGCACAUAUACGCACAGACGCGCCGAGGCGCACGUUCGCUCGCAAGCUCCGGUUAUUCGAGCGCGCGCGCUGGGAGAGAAGCACCCCUAAACAACCCGUCAGCGCCAGCGGAGGAAAGCCGCGCGCUGCCUGCACCCGUGCACCGACAGGGAGCGUUGGUUCGCUCGCUCGUGCGGUCCCUGAAGAUGGUCUGAAACUCGAGCGCGUGUUUUUUUUUUCUCCCAUCCCCUGUGAAGAGCACGAGCCGAGAGCCACAAUGUUGACGAGGCUUUUCAGCGACCCUUCGCUGCUUCCUGAUGUGCAGAAAUACUCCGGCUGGGAGGAGGACAGCGAUGACGACGACUCCAAAAUCAAGGAGGAGGACCAGGACACCCAGGACGACAUGGAGGGAUCUGAACUAAGAGGAGACAGUCGGACGCAAUCCGAGCACGCCGGGGAAGACGACGAGGACGACGGGGUGGAGGAAGAGGACGACGGUGAGGAUACAGAGGGGGACAAGCCCAAGAAGAGAGGCCCCAAGAAGCGCAAAAUGACCCAGGCCCGGAUUGAGCGCUCCAAGAUGCGCCGGAUAAAAGCCAACGCACGGGAACGGACCCGCAUGCACGACCUGAACUCUGCGCUAGACAAUCUGCGUAAAGUGGUGCCCUGUUACUCCAAAACGCAAAAACUGUCAAAAAUCGAGACCCUGCGGUUGGCCAAAAACUAUAUUUGGGCCCUGUCGGAGAUAUUGCGCUCUGGAAAAAGGCCCGACCUUGUGUCCUACGUCCAGACGCUGUGUAAGGGACUCUCCCAGCCCACGACCAACCUGGUGGCGGGAUGCCUGCAGCUAAACUCACGUAACUUCCUAACCGAGCAGCAGUGUCAGGACGGGGGGAGGUACGGGUCCGGCUCCUUCUCCAUGCAUUCCUACCCGUACCAGUGUGCGCGUCUAUCCAGCCCCCACUGCCAGCCGGGCUCGAACUCGCAUCCUCUGAGGACGCACGGCUACUGCUCGGCUUACGAUUCUCUGUACGGUGGGAGCGGAUCCCCUGAGUACAACAGCCCCGAGUAUGAGGGGCCCCUCAGCCCGCCCCUGUGCAUCAAUGGCAACUUUUCCCUGAAGCACCAAGGCUCUGCGUCCCCCGAAAACGAGAAGGGGUACCACUACUCUAUGCAUUACUCCGGCCUGCCUGGCUCAAGAUCCACCGGAGCCCACAACCUCGUGUUUGGCUCCUCGGGGGCCCGGAGCGGCAUUCACUCUGAAAACGUCCUGCCUUACCACGACAUGCACUUACACCACGAACGGGGCCCCGUGUAUGAUGAACUGAACGCGUUUUUUCACAAUUAA